AUGGCGCCCCCUCCCAAGCAGAGAAAGGUGGCCAUUGUCGGCAGCAGAGCCGUCGGCAAGUCGAGUCUGACGGUGCAAUUCGUCGACGGGCACUUUGUCGACAGCUACUACCCGACCAUCGAGAAUACGUUCAGCAAGAUGAUCAAGUACAAGAACCAGGACUAUGCGACUGAGAUCAUCGAUACGGCUGGCCAGGAUGAAUACAGCAUUCUCAACUCCAAGCACUUUAUCGGCAUUCAUGGCUACAUGAUUGUCUACUCGGUUGCCAACAAGCAGAGCUUCGAGAUGGCGCGCAUCAUUCGCGAUAAGAUCCUGAACCACCUUGCCGUCGAAUGGGUUCCUCUCGUCAUCGUGGGCAACAAGUCUGACCUGCGUCCCGAACAACGCCAAGUCACGCCUGAAGACGGCAAAGCCCUCGCCGCCGAGUUCAAAUGUGCCCACACCGAAGCCAGCGCGCGCUACAACGAGAACGUACAAAAGGCCUUUGAGCUUAUGAUUGCGGAGGUGGAGCGGUCCCAGAACCCUGUCGGCGUGGACAAAUACCCGGCUCUCCAGAAGGAGCGCGAGGACAAGGAGAAGAAGCGGCGGAACAGUGCGCACCUCCUCAAGCACCCGUUUGACCAUCUCACGAACGCGCUCAAGAAGAAAAACGACUUCAUCAAGGAGCGCGGCGGCGAGCCCGACAAAAUCCGCGAGUCCCAGAAGAAGCGAUGCGCGCCCGUAGAGAUUGUCGACGAGAUCAUCGCAGACUUUGAAGACCACCGUCGCACACAGUACGAUGCCACCCAAUUCGGCUCCAAGAUAAACGCGGUCCAGAAGAAUAUCGGCGCCAAAAAGAAGGCCAAGGAAGAUGCCUCCGAGCUGCUCGAGGAGAAGAAGAAGUUGGAGGCCGAGAAGAAGGAGAAGGAGGCUGAGGCUGCGGAGAAACUGGCCAAGCUGCUCACAAAGACGAAGACGGUCGGAAACUACGUGUACAAGGACGUUCCAGUUAGCGAAAGUGAGGACAACAACGCGGUUCAGAAGACAUGGGCUCCUGCGGACCGGAAAGCAGAGUUCAAGGCAGAUGGCAUCCCACAUCAUGGUGUACUAGCGCGGUUGAAUGGAUACGACCCGGAGAGAGGCACCAAGAUUGUUGGGCACAGAGGAUACUGCCUGACUGGAUACGGUGUCUUCCUCAACCAAGCGCUCAUCAACUACGGUCUUGAAUUCCUGUUCAGCAAAGGCUUCACACCCAACCAACCGCCCUUCUUCAUGCUGCGCGACCAGAUGGCGAAGACCGCACAACUCUCCGAUUUCGACGAGGAACUGUACAAGGUCACCGAGAGCAAGGACAAGCCAGAGACCGACAAGUACCUCAUCGCCACCUCAGAACAACCCAUCUCCGCCCUUCACUCCGAGGAAUGGCUACACGACAAGGAGCUACCCAUAAAGUACGCCGGAUACUCCACAAACUUCCGGAAAGAAGCUGGUUCGCACGGCAAAGACGCAUGGGGAAUCUUCCGGAUACACCAGUUCGAAAAGGUUGAGCAGUUCCUCCUCACAAACCCCGAGAAGUCAUGGGAAGCUUUCGAUGAGAUGCUAGCCAACUCUGAGGAGUUCUACCAGAGCCUAGGUUUGCCUUACCAGGUCGUUGCCAUCGUUUCUGGUGCGCUGAACAACGCUGCUUCGAUGAAGCGCGACCUUGAGGCCUGGUUCCCCGUUACGGGUGGUGGAGAGUACAAGGAGCUUGUUUCCAUUUCCAACUGUACCGACUACCAGACGCGCGAGCUGGAGAUUAGACAUGGGAUUAAGAAGUUGAACGCUACGAGGAAGGAGUAUGUUCACGCGCUUAACGGUACUCUGUGUGCGACCGAGCGAACUCUUUGCUGUAUCCUUGAGAACUACCAGACACCCGAGGGCUUCGUCGUUCCGGAGGUGCUAAGGAAAUACAUUCCGGGUCAGCCUGACUUCUUGCCUUUUGUUAAGGAGUGGAGGGCGCCCAAGGAACCUAUUCCUGACCGGACGAAGUAG